AUGGAGUCCGCUACAUAUAAACACCUCACAUGGAAGGAGACCAAGCCCGGCAGGUGGGAACGUGAGAUCGAUGAGGUGGAGCAAUUUUAUACUACACUGGCAAGGAGAUUCGAAGGAUCUGGCCGCACUUUCUUUGCCAUGACGGCCCAUGUGUCUCUGUCCAUUGCAAAAGAUCCAACUUCGCACCAAGCGACUGAGCUGCGUCUCACCAAUGCUCUGCGAGUUGCGUGGCUGCGGCUCCGGUACGACCAUCCGACUAUUGCUUCCUGGGUCGAGGAAGACCGUGAUGCCAAGGUAUGCAAGAAAAUCUAUCAGGCUUUCUCGGAUGCAGAAGAUACCCAGCAGUCUACUUGGCUGGAGGAGACAUUCAAGGCGAUAUCUACUAGCCAGUCAGGAUCACAAUGGUGCAACUCAGAUCCCCCCGUCCCCAAGUUGCCCACUAUUUUCUUGCUCAACCACCCGGUCGCUUCCGAUGACGAUCUGUUUCAAGCAGACAUUGUACUCCGAGCGCACCAUGAUAUCAUUGAUGGAAUCGGAUCACUUCACCUACUCAACAACCUUGUGAAGUAUGCUUCCCAGGCCUUUGAUCAUCCGGAAAGCUUCCAAGUUCCCCAAUUCCAAGACGAAUGGAAAAACCUCAGUCCCCCAUUCCGUGUUGCUGCUGCCAUUCCAGCAAGCCUGACACCCGAUCAAGAAGCAAGGCUCAAAGCUAUCAUGGCGGAGAAUGAUUCGAUCCGCAAGGCUGAAAUUGCGACAGUGCCUUUUAAGCAGGGCCCAACUGUUCCUGGACGUCAUCAGCGAGUAUCAAUGACUCUUUCCCCAGAAGAUACUGAAAGGCUGCUACUAGCUUGCAAGAAGCUAGGCGCCAGUGUGACACACGUCUAUCAUGCCGCACUUGCUCUUUCCGUUCGCGAUCUGCAAGAGAAACACCCCGCGGAGCGCAAAGUCCGCUACAUCAAUUAUUCCCUUAUCAAUGAACGCAGCCACUGCGAAUCGCCGUACAGCAGCCCUCAGCAUGCAGCGUCGGUAUACCACUCCGUGUCCGGCCAAAGUCUCGCGAUAGACUUAACAGUGCCGGGCCUGGCAAGUUCAGGCUCUUCACCGGAUGAAGAGCGCCUGGAAUUUUGCCAGACCGUUGAGAAGGUGAAAGACUACUACCUCGCAAUCCGGGACGAUAAAGAACAUAUUUUCUUUGUUCCGUCGUACUGGACAUUUUCGACUCCUCCAUAUCCCUCAGGCACGGAAGCACCACCAGUACCUCCCCCAAACCAGGCCCCUUCAGCUUCGAUUUCUAGCAUGGGAGUGGUCGACAAAAUCCUGUCCCCAACACAGGGGAAGUUUGAAUUGGAUGACCCUUGGGUGACUGGAGAAGAGCUCGGGACUGGCCUUGGUGUUUUCCUUGGGACAUACCGUGGAAGUUUGUGCCUGAGUGCAGCAUAUAAUGAUGUGUGGCAUGAUGAAGCCGAGGCCCGGGCCUUCUUGGAUAAGUGCAAUAACAUUGUGCUGACCCAUUUGCUGUCAAAUGAAUCUUAA